ACAGUGUGAACAUAAAAACAAGGGAGUGGGCGUUUGCUUCACAUUGACUUUGGUGCUUUUUUUCUUCGCUGUUUUUGUUUUUCUCGCAGAAACUUUUCCCCCCAAAAAAUGGUGCAACAACUCUCCAAAUCUGGAGCGAAGGAGACUCCUUUGCUGAAAGCUGGCCACCCUCCAGCAGUAAAAGCUGGAGGUAAACGGGUGGCCAAGAAAAGCUUGGAAGAGAGUGCCACCCAUGGGACUCCAGAGAAGGAGACAAAGAGAUCUGAUAAACUGAGGUCCCUGGCCACCUCCAACAGGAUGCAACAAGUUGGCAUACUUCUGGCAGGAACCCUUGACAAGCUGAGCCACGACUUUCCAGAGGUGCCGGUGAGCACGAGGCACAGCAAGGUGCGUCCUGCAGUGGAGAAGCAUCACGCCCCUCAGACCUUCUUCAUCCAGCAGCCCAGGAAGUGUUGAACACUCUUUCAGAACACCCCAGAGAGAAACCACGUUUAAUCGACUGUGACGCACCAACAUGGAGUGUUAGGCACACGAGGGGACUGACGAGUUGUCUGUAAAGUGUUUAGGGGGGAAAGAAAGCUUUCAUCAGGCUCAGUUUACUUAGAAGGAAAUGUGAGAUUCUUCUGGUCUGUGCUUGUAAAAACUAUAAACCAGCACUUAUUGUAUCAUUCCUAGUGUUGGAAGAGAAAUGCUGUAGUUGUAUUUACAAGAUGAUGAAAAACAGAUGGUGUCUGGGGAUGUUUGAAGUUGAGGGUUAAGAGACUGCUCUUUUUUUUCUAAGAUAAAUUUUCACUAUGUAUUGCUCAGCAGAUAUGUUCAAUUUAUUAAAAAACAGAAUUGCAUGGCA